AUGAAUGAAACAAAUUCAGAGGACGAAGAUGGGAGAUUGGAUACAAAUCUAUCGGACACUUUCGAUGACAAACAUGAUAAUUUUAGAUUAUUUAAAGCGUAUAAAGAAGGUCAGUUGGAUUUGAACAUUUUAAGUACACAGGAAGCAAUUUCAGCUGCGACCGCCGCAACAGUUGAUAAUGCUACAAUGUCAUCAACAUUAACAUCAAAAAACGGUCAAAAAGAUGAGACUUCUUCAAAUCAAGGUAUGCCGAAAUCUUGGUGUGCGCCUCAGUCAUCAUCUAGUGAAACAAACCAAUCAGUAUCUCCUAACAAACAGUUUACUUUGGGUUCACUUUUGAAACCUAACUUGAUAAGUGAUAUUGCUAGACCUGUUUGUGAAUCUCAGCUGCCAUCUCUAUCACGCGUUCUUGUCUCAUCUGCUAACUUAGCGGAAGAAAACAAGAGAAUACAAACAGGACCAAUUUUAACUUCUGGAAAUGCUAUCCUUGUGAAUCAGCGUCAGAGAGGUAAUCCUGUUUUGAAACAGAUACGUAAUGUUGCCUGGGAGUAUGCAGAUGUUGAUCCGGAUUUUGUUGUAGGAAGAAAUAAUUGUAUAUAUUUUCUAAGCUUACGUUAUCAUAAUUUAAAUCCUGAAUAUAUAUUUGAACGUUUACGUCAAACAAAACAACAUUAUCAAUUAUCUGUACUUCUUGUUCAAGUGGAUGUACCAGAUCCAUACUAUCCUUUAAAAGAGUUGUGUAAAAUUUGUUGGACUGAAAGAUUAACCUUGAUGUUGGCUUGGAAUAUGGAAGAAGCAGCAAGAUAUUUAGAAGCUUAUAAAGCCUUGGAAAACAAACCUCCAGAUAACUUAAUGGUAGAGCCAGCCGCACAAACAGAUCAUAUCGCACAAGUUACAGAUUUCUUAACUUCGGUUCGACGUAUCACAAAAGCUGAUGCUGUUUCAGCGUUGAGAAAAUUCGAUACUGUAGCCGACAUAAUACGAGCUGAUCAAUCAACUUUGGAGAAGUGCCCUGGUUUCGGUCAGCUUAAAGCCCGUAAACUCACUGAAGUUUUCAGAAUGCCAUUUAUAAAGAAAAAUGAUAUGAAAUAG